AUGGGUGACGAAUUACACAACCGUUUACUUCAUCAAAGUAAUAGUACGAAAGAUGAAAUCCUUUACAAGGUAAUAGAAUCCCUAAUUUGCUCUAUCUGCCAUGAUUAUAUGUUUAUACCGAUGAUGACACCCUGCGGUCACAAUUAUUGUUAUGGAUGUUUGAACACCUGGUUUUCUAGCAACACUCAGAAAGAAUUAGCCUGUCCACAGUGUAGAUCGGAUGUUACGACUAUUCCUGCUUUGAAUACUACACUACAACAAUAUUUAUCAUUUAUUCUGGAUAGGUUGAGCAGCGAAGAAGAUGAUUCCUUCAAGAGACUGUUAGAAACUAAAAUUAAGGAGGAAAAUGAUUACAAGCUUGAUAAGGAAAAGGAUACAUUAUUCGAAGGAGUAUUUAAGAAUAGUGCGUUAGCGGUGGCUGACGAUUCUGAUGACGGUAUCACACGUUGUAGUAACUGUCAUUGGGAAUUAGAUCCAGAUGAAGUAGAAGACGGGAAUGUCUGCCCUCAUUGUAAUGCCAGAAUAAGGAAUUAUGCGGGCGGCAAUGACGAAUUCGAUGAAGAAGAAUAUAGUGAAGGAGAAUUGAAUGAGAUCAGAGAGAGCAUGCGUAGGCGUAGAGAGGAGCGGCCCGCAUCUACAGAUCCCUUUGCCAAUGGAGAUGAUGUGAGUUCAGAAGAAGAUAGCAGCAGUGGCGAUGAGCCUAUGCGGGAACACAUCCCACAAGGCCGCUGGGCUAGGUCACACAAUCGUAGCAUCGCGGUGGAUGCAGUGGACGAUGAUGAGKAUGAAGAAGAACGGGAAGAAGAAGAAGAGGAAGAGAUGGAUUCCGAUAUGAAAGAUUUCAUAGAGGAUGAUGAGGAUGAAGAUGAAGAUGGCAGUAGGAGAGAACUGGUAUUGUCCGCGCUCAAUAACAGGCAAGUGAUUAUUACUGAUGAUGAGGAAGAAGAUGCCCAAGAGCAAGCUCCUGCGGAAGAGGAGGAUCAUGACAGCGAUUUUUAUGAGCACAAUGAUGAAGGAUUUGUAAGCGGCGACAGUCUUGAUGAAGGCCAGAAAAAAGCCGCAGACAUGGAUUCGAAUUCAGACUCUGAAGAUCGUUCCAUUUCUUACCCUAGUUCUAAUGAAGUUGAUGAACAAGAUGAUCAAGAUGAACGCGACACCGAAGAACUGGACGACCCACAACCGAAAAGACAAAAGCGAUUCCGUGUUGUUCUAGGAGACAGCGACGAUGAGUGA